AUGAAUAAAGUUCAGUGUACUGAUCAACAUAGUAGUUCAGACUCAAAUCGCCGUAAUGUAAACUCGAAGAGUACCGUAGGAACUAAAGUGAAGUAUAACACUGAAUAUUUACAAUUAGGAUUUACAUUUACUGGGACUGAAGAUGAACCAAAACCACAGUGUAUUAUUUGCUUGGAGAUCUUGUCCAAUGAAAGUAUGAAACCUUCCAAACUACGACGCCAUUUUGAGACUAAACAUGGCGAAUUUACUAGUAAGUCGUUGGAUUUUUUUGUAGUCAAGUUAGGAGAAUUUAAAAAAUCACAAAAAGUGAUGAAAUCUUCGACAAGUUUAAGUGGUAAUAAAAAUGCCACUUUAGAUUUAUACGAAGUCGCUCAACUUGUUGCAAAAUCUGGUAAGGUUCAUACCAUAGCCGAAUAA